UUAGCGGAAGCUAGCGGGUGACGUCAUAUGUCGCGUCCAGUGCACACAUGGCGAGUGCAGACGUUGAAGACUUCAUUGGGCAGAACCGGCAGCUGUCGGACCUCGUCGAGACGUUUCGCAGCAUCUCUGAGAGCCACAAACACUGGAAGAGCAGGAGAGAGUUUAUCUUCAGAAACUUCAAUGACUAUGAAGGUUCUCAUCUAGAUCAUCUGCUCGCGCUCUCCAUGGUGUGGGCGAAUCACGUGUUCCUGGGCUGCAGGUAUAAUCCAGUGCUGCUGGAGAAAGUGAAGGAGAUGGCCGGGGGGAUUAUUGUUGAAGAUGCUCCUGUUUUUAAAACCAGAGAUGAAAUCAUUAAACAGCAGCAGAAGAGGUGAUGCCUGGAGGUCUCGACAUUUUUAGGCAGCAUCAUUAAACCACAUGAAUGAGGAACAUGGGAAGAAAAUUAGAGAACUGCUGCACAUCACAAUUUCCAUGCACACACUUUUAAUCGACAACCUUGGAAUGGCAAGCCUCGACUUGUGCCGUUUUUUUUCCUUGGUGUAUGCAAGAUUACCCAUUUUUUAAAUACUUUUCAAAUGUUUCUAUUUUUGUAGCCUUUUAGCAUAAUUGUUUUUAGUCUGGUUUAUCAGUUGUAGUGGCCAGGCUGUGCAUGUACUUUUCUAUAUUAAAAUGAUAUCAUUCUUUAAUGAAAAAUGUUUUAUUUUUUCUAUACAGCAUAUUAGAAGUAUAAAUGUUCUUAUAAGACAAAUUCACAAAAACUAACUUUCAAAACACUAACUUUGCAAUCCUUAACAUUGUCAUCCAGAUAUCCACACAUUCUUUGAAAAAUUACCGUAACUACUUUGUGUCCAACUUCAGUGUUAAAUGUACAUGCCCUCUUAUUAUAUCUGAAGCACAAACACAUGUAAAGAGCCAAACGGGUGUAUAAUCUUUCAGUGUCAACCCUUGAUAAGUUGAAGCAUCUUCAGGUGGUUUAUAGAAGAACAUGAAACUGGAAAUAUU